CAAAAGUGUAGAAGCUUUUAGAUGCUAAAAAAUAAACAAAAUCCAUCCUAACGACACAAGAAUAUUUUUUUGGUUAUAUUUCUUCUGUCCUAAAAUUAUCAAUGGACCCAAAGAGUAAUGUUCACUGGAUCUCAUAUUCCUACCAAAAGAGCCACCAGUUUCUGGGCCGUAGAUGGCUAACUUAUUUCCAGGCUCAUUAAUAGUUUGGCCCAAAUCAUUUCUUUUCUUCCUCAGAAACGACAACAUACUUCAUCGUUUUAUUAUUUUCAGCUUCAACGAACCAGGUGGAAGCAGGCAAUUCAUUUUCUUCGUCAAUCUUCAGUUAACUAGUCCACUUCUUUAAGCUGACUGGCGGACGGCCGGCAGGAGCUUUAACCGGAACCAAUUGUUCUUCUUUGGCAGAUAUUGUGAAAUCACUUGGUUGGAACUCUAGUUAUCUAGAUCACAGCUUCUGCUAAAAGAGAAUUGUGGCCCGAAGAAACCAUGGCACCAGAUGAAGAUUCUCAACAACAAUUCAAGCCCCAAAAGAAGAAGCCUGAUUCCGAACAUGAACAGAGGAGAAAGAAAAUUGUACCUGGGAGUUUGAUGAAAGCUGUGAUAAGGCCCGGAGGUGGAGAAUUGACACCCGCGGACGGUGAUCAGGUCAUUUACCAUUGCACAAUUCGUACAUUGGAAGGUGUUGCAGUGGAGUCCACUAGAAGGGAGUUUGGAGGAAAUGGUACACCUUCAAGGCAAGUGCUAGGAAAAAGCAAGAUGAUUGUAGGAUUACUUGAAGGAAUACCCACAAUGUUGAAGGGUGAAAUUGCAAUGUUCAAGAUGAAACCUGAAAUGCAUUUCGGGGAGACGGAUUGCCCAGUUUCAGUGGCUGAUAAUUUUCCGAAAGAUUCUGAACUUCAUUUUGAAGUGGAGCUUAUAGAUUUCUCAAAAAUCAAGGUUAUCAAUGAAGACUUAGGAGUGUUAAAGAAGGUGCUAAGAGAAGGAGAGAGUUGGGAAACACCGAGGGAACCGUAUGAAGUAAAAGCUUGGAUUUCAGCAAAGUCGGGGACUGGAGAAGUGCUCUUGUCGCGUGGGGAAGAACCAAUUUCUUUUACUUUUGGAAAAUCUGAGAUACCUGAAGGUCUUGAAAUGGGAAUAGGAACGAUGUCUCGUGGAGAGAAGGCUGUAAUUUAUGUAACCAGUCAACAUAUUACUGAAUCUCCUUUGAUUCCUGCUGUAGAAACCAUGGGGGAAAUUCAUUUUGAGGUGGAGCUUAUACAUUUUAUACAGGUGCGCGAUGUGCUUGGAGAUGGGCGCCUGAUAAAGCGCCGCAUUCAUGACGGAAGAGGUGAAUUCCCUAUGGAUUGCCCUCUUCAGGACAGCUUAUUGCGUGUCCACUACAAGGGGAUGCUUCUUAAUAGUGAAAAGACAAUUUUCUAUGAUACAAGAGUACACAAUGAUGGGCAGCCUCUAGAGUUCAGCUCGGGUGAAGGACUUGUACCCGAAGGAUUUGAAAUGUGUGUCCGCUUGAUGUUGCCUGGAGAAAUAGCUCUGGUUACAUGUCCCCCUGAUUAUGCUUAUGACAAGUUCCAAAGGCCAGAUAACGUUCCUGAAGGCGCGUACGUUCAAUGGGAAAUUGAACUUAUUGAUUUUGAGAUGGCUAAGGACUGGACUGGUUUCAACUUCCGACAAAUAAUGGAAGAUGUGGAGAAGAUCAAAGGCACGGGGAACAGGCUUUUCAAGGAAGGGAAGUUCCAACUUGCUAAGGCCAAGUAUGAUAAGUUGCUACGAGAAUUUAAGCAUGUUAAUCCGAUGGAUGAUGAGGAGGGAAAAGAAUUUUCAAAUGCAAGAGAUCUUUUGCAUCUUAAUGUGGCUGCUUGCUUAUUGAAAAUGGGCGAAUGCAGGAAGUCUAUUGAGGAAUGCAAUAAGGUAUUGGAUGCAAAUCCUGCUCAUGUCAAAGCUCUAUAUCGGCGUGGAAUGGCAUACAUGACAGCUGGUGAUUUUGAAGAGGCUAGAAGUGACUUCAACAAGAUGAUGAGCAUUGAUAAGUCUGCUGAAGCAACGGCAAAAGCAGCUCUUGUGAAGCUUAAAAAGGAGGAACAGGAAGUCCAUAAAAGAGCUCGGAAGCAGUUUAAGGGGCUUUUUGACAAGAACCCUGGUGAAAUUUCAGAAGUUGGAGUCAGCAAAACUGAAGAAAAUGUCAAUGAAAGCCGCGAGAAUGAUGAUGCUGAUGAUAUAAGUAGCGAUGAGCAAAAUAUUGAAGAGGCUGCUGCUCCAAUUCGAAUGAAUUUCGUGUCACAAAGUUUUUCUAAAGCCAGAAGAUUCUUCGCAUCUCUGGGGAUCAGCAGAUGUACCAUAUUGUGAGUUUAGAGUCUAAAUAUCCAAAGCUUUGAAUCUGUGGGUAUCGUGUCGGUUAGUCAGUGAGGUACUGAAGUAACAUUGAUCUCUUCUUGACGAAUCCAUAUUUGGAUAAUUACUUGGAUAUACUAGGAAAUCACAAGUAUCAAAUGAUUCACAUUGUUACAGUGGGUGUCUUGUUCUUCUGGUCGAUUUCAUUCUAGCCCUCAAGAUGUAGCAGAGACGGAAUUUAACCAAUAAAAAUUCGAGGAAAAUUUGCGAAUCUUACUUCGUUUUUAAGUAUUCUUAUAGAUCAGGAGAUUUACCAAAUGGAUUCUUUUCAUUAAGAUUUCAAAACUGGGGAUGGAUGAUUUCUGGAGGAAAGCACAAUAUCAAUGCUAUACAUGUAGUCUAGCAUACUUACUAAGAAGAGAUGAAAAGGGAAAAGCAUACAGAAGCAAUAAGUAGUCAUCAAGUCGUGCCAAUGCGGAGUUGCUGUCAACAUGUUGGACUGGAACAACGUUUGUUAAUCACCUCCUAAGACGAUGAACUCAUUAAAGCUUACAGCUCUUAUUCAUCCAUCCUACACUCAGGUUGGAUUCAGUUGAAUCCCCACCAAGUAUUCAUCUUAGGAAACUGAUGACAGUGUUUUCCUGGAGAUCAAGGUUUGGGAUCCUGAUCUGAUGAGCCAUUCUUUCGCAACUUGACCAGGAAAUACCCGGCGGCAUGACCAGCGACAGCUACAAUGAAGACUCCAAGGUUGAAGGACAUGACAGCAAGCAUGACCAUGUAGGCCAAAGCCAUACGGAAUGCAUAAAUAACGGCGAAAACUAAGCUCGCGACAACAGGGCUCGCCCCUGCCUUCGCCGGCGAUGGAGAGUAGGACAAAACCUCAACUGCAAAAGCAAGAAAGAACACAAAGAUCAGAGCCAAAAUAUAUAUGCCAAGCCUGUGACCAGGCCACCCCGGGAAUAAAACCGUCACGUCUUUGCCCCAAAAGAAGCUCAUGUGCAUAACCAUGUCUUUCAUCAUACUCGACGAAUUGUUGUUGUACAUGGAAUCGGGUGACAUUGGCAUUUGCAUGUCAUGACCAUGAUCCAUUUUUUUUUUUUUUUUCCGGAGAGAAACUACAAAGUUGUUGAUAGUAUGAGCACAAGAUAUAUAACUGGCCUAUGUAUUCAACAAAUACCAAACCAGACUACCAGAGUAAAUAAUAUAUAGGCCGAACCCAGAGAAGAUGAAUAGAAAGGCUGAGGAUAUGUGGUUGAUGACGGACAAAUUCAAGGGACCAUCUAAACUAAAUGCCAAGGGCCGCAUUUUGUUUUGUUUUCUUUUUUCUUGCCUUUCGUCCAUGACAAAGCCUAAGGGACCGGCAGAUGCGAUCGCAUCCUCUAUUUUCUG